UAAGAUCUGUCACUGUCAAACAGUAGAUAAGCUAAUAGUAUAAAUUCAUUUUCAUUGUAGUUGUGUUGAUAAAAUUCGCCGGGCUAGAUUUUCUUUAGACAGUUGUCUUUAUUAGUAUAAUUAUUUAAUUCAUAUCGUAUAUUUUUAAACAUGCGUCUUCCAAUUGUAAUAUCAAUAUUUUCACUAGUAGUAAUAAGUGUAGCACAUGAAGAUUUGUAUUCCGUAAAAUAUACUACUGAAAAUUUUUCCCAAGAAGUCGGGAAGAAAAACCACUUUGUAAUGUUCUACGCUCCCUGGUGUGGACAUUGCCAGAAAUUUGCUCCAAAAUGGGAACAAUUAGCUGAAAUGUUAAAUGAGGAUGAGACUAACAACAUCAAAAUUGCCAAAGUUGACUGUACAACUGAUAAUGAAGUUUGUUCUGAACAAGAUAUUACUGGUUAUCCUACUCUUAAAUUUUAUAAAGUAGGGGAUUCUGAAGGAGUACGGUUUAAGGGUACAAGAGAUUUGCCUUCAAUAACAAAUUUCAUAAAUGAACAACUAAGAGAGGGCGACGAAUCUGAUGCAGAGGAAUCCACAAUUAAAGAACCUCAGGCAGUAGGUGGUUUAAUUGAACUUACUGAAGAUACUUUCAACAAACAUGUUGAAACUGGGAAACAUUUUAUUAAAUUUUAUGCUCCUUGGUGUGGACAUUGUCAGAAAUUGGCUCCCACUUGGGAACAACUAGCUAAAUCACUUGAAUUUGAAAAGGAUAUCACCAUUGGAAAAGUAGACUGUACUCAAUAUAGAUCAAUAUGUAAUAAUUUUGAAGUGAAAGGAUAUCCCACAUUAUUAUGGAUUGAAAAUGGGGCAAAAAUCGACAAAUACCAAGGUGAAAGAAGUCACCAUGAACUUAAACAAUAUGUUAAUAAAAUGCUGGGUACCGAACAACAUGAUAAACAACAGGCAUCAGAAGCUACUGAAUCCCAGCUUCCAUCUGGCGAAAUCACUAAUGAUGAUUUCAAAUCUAGCAUCCAAUCAGGAAUUGCUUUUGUAAAAUUUUAUGCCCCUUGGUGUGGACAUUGCAAACGGUUAUCUCCUACUUGGGAUAAUCUUAGAGAAAAGUUCGUUAAUAAUCCUUCCGUUAAAAUUCUCAAAAUUGAUUGUACUUUAGAUGUUAACAAACAGUUGUGCAACGAUGAAGAAGUUGAGGGGUUCCCAAGUUUAUUCUUGUAUAAAGACGGAGAGAAAAUGUCUGAAUACACUGGUUCUAGAAGUUUAGACGAUUUACAUGAUUAUAUAAUGAAGAAUAACAGACACGAUGAGUUGUAAAUGUCUAGAGUAUGGAAGUUUGUUGAUAGAGGUUUAGGAACAUUUUGAGUAUUCUAUAUCAUCAAAACAUAUUGUAAACAUAAAGUUUGUCAACAAAUUGAUUUAUGUAUAUAAGUUUGUGAUUUUUAUUAUUUUAUUACCAUUUAAUUGUUUUAAAAAACCAUAUAAUCUGAAAUAAAUAAAAAAUUUAAAAUACUUUUAUCAUCAUUUAUUAGUACAAAAAAUAGAAGAUAAUGAUAAAGUUUAUUUGUUUUCUAAAUUGCACUGAAAAAAAUGGAAAACUAUUUUGCGGACAAUAACAUGGGUGUUGUCAGGUUUUCAAGCAACAAAGGCAACAGAUCAUAGUAAAGCAUAUAGACAGUAGUUUUCAGUAAAAAAAGUAGCAUGAUCUUUAUCCCCCAAAGAUGUGACAACUAUCACAAGAACAUAAAUGACAUCAGUUCAAACUGUGCGUUGAGGUACAUCCUGAUUCCUCAAAGAUGUGUCAAUUAUUGAAACAGAUAGUGACACCUAUCAAAAUUGUUACUUGGAAAGCCAAUUGACAUUAAAAAUUGUAAACGUUUGCUACAUAAUGCAUAAAGUUGCCUUGAACGCUACACAUUUGAACAGAUAAAAACGAUAUGGCAUAUUGAGAAUAAAAGUGACCUAAUGCGAAACUAUUACAUUAAAAAAAUUCAAUAGGUCACUUGAGUACUGGAGAAAUGUAAAUACUAAAUGAAAGACACAGAUAUCUUAGAACCUUACCAAGAGGAAAUAAGUCAGUUUUAGAAUUUUUAAGUGGUAAAGUAUCAAUUCGGCUUCUGUAAACAUAUAUUAACUGGGGAUCUUCUGGACUAUUUCACCAACAUAUGGACUGAAGCUAUAGAGAAAUAUGGGGAAUCCAAAGCAAUCGCACUAGAAGUCUUUUGAUAGGCUCUGGCACGCCAACCUUUGAAAUAAAUUAAGAUUGUAUGGCUUGUCACCCUCACUUAUUGACUAGCAUAGUAGCUUUUUCAAAGACUGACCAAUCUAGGUCACUAUGGACACCUCAGGAAAGGUUGAAGUCAACGCUGAUGUUUUCUAGAAAUGCAUCUUGUCACAUCUCUUUAUCCAGUACAUGAACAAAACUGCAAACCCGAUCUAUAGCUUCGCCCACGAUAGCACACUAGUAUCGUCGUUCAAAUAAAUCGCCCCAAUAAACUCUGCUAACACCCAAAUCCUAGUCAGCAACAAAUCACCACCAUCAAUUCUGAUCUUGAACACAUUCUGGGGUUGGUUGGAAGCAAUAUGAUUGAGUUUAAUACAGAAAAAACCCAGAAUGUUGUUUUUUCAAAUGCUGACCCUGCAGCUCAGGAUGUGGUCCUGUCUGGACAUAAAAUAUCACCACCACUGCAAAGAUGUGGGAAUAAUAUCUCAUAAAAACAGUUAACAAAUAAAUUAUUCAUGCUGGUACCAAUAAUAGUAUAGUAUAGGGGAAGUUUUGUAUCUAGAAAACCAAAAUGAAUUAUUUAAAUGAUGUACUCAAUCAAUAAAAUAAUAAGUGUCAA